GCGGGGAAGAGAAGACAAAUCAGCAUUGAGGACAUACACUGCUACUUGAUUUUAAACGUGUUAUAGUCUACGGCAUUUCCUGGGUCGGGCUCGUGCUGCUUCAGGGAUAAAUGAUCACCUCAACCAGAAGAGUGUCUCCUGAUAAAUCUGAAGUUAGAAUCGCCUUCAGCCUUGAUAACACAUCAGAUGUAAAAGAUGUGGAGGACCUCUGUCAGACUUUCCCGGAUCUUGAACAGCGAUUACAGCCUGUGCCCCCCUGUGUGUCUUUGAGGGAGAGCGUUCAGGUGUACAAGGAUCACUGCAGGAUGGCGAGAGAGUUCCAUCAGGUCAAACAUGAGAUUGCCGCGCUUGAGGACUGCAAACGGAAGCUUCUGGCAGAGCUGGUGGAGGAUGAGAAUGUGGCUGUGGAGAUUGCCCGUCUAGAAGAGGAGUUCCGGCGUCUAACAGAGGAGAACCGCACCUUGGUGACUGUCCACAACGAGCGUGCUCAGCAGUUGAAGAAGCUCUGCCUGACCAAUCAAACGAGGCAGGACUCCUCGUGACCUCUGACCUCCGCAGAACCUGAGACCUCCAGACAUCCAGCUGACAUCAGGCCAGAAAACCAACCAGAAAUCAAGUCUCAGAUAGCGCUACACAACUACAGUCUGUGAAUCAGCUAGUUACACAGAAAGGCGCCAUGUUUUUUCAUAUGUCACUUGUAAGAACCACAGACAUAAUGUCAUCAUCAGUGUGAGGCUGUUAUAGGCCACCUUUCUGGGCACUGUUAUGUUAUUAUGUGAUCUUGCAGAACUUUCCUGGUCGCUUUACAGUAUAUAUUCAUACAAAUGUCAGCUGCUGUGAAUGUGACCAGAUAUUCUGAUAUCUGUCUCAGGUCCUGUGGAGACUUCAGAUCUUUUACCUGAGGUCUGUGGAGGGAGCCAAAGGUGGUAUGAUGUGGUCCAAAUGUUGUACUUUAAGGAGUGUUUACCCUCCCUCUCCCCUCAACUACCCUUCACCCAC